AUGCCUGAUGUUCUUACUAAAACUGGCACUCCUUCAACGACACGGGUGUGGCGAUAUUUUUUUGAUCAUCAGCCUCCAUUGACAAAAGAUGAAAACCGCAAAUGUAUUGGUAUUUAUUGCUCUACGAUUGCAUCUCUGUCCGUUGUUUUUGGCAUUUAUUUAUGGUCAGGUUUAUAUCAUUUGAAAAAAUAUUCGAUUGCACCAACCAUUGUUCUACUUGCUAUUAGUUUUGUGUUAUGUGUGAUGAUAAUUAACUGGCUGACUAUUGGUGUCUAUGCUCUCAUUCGGCAGUGUCGUCAUCAUCAACAACAACAACAACAAGUUAAAGAGACCUCCGAAUGUAACAAUUCUUUUCGUUUCGCGAAUGUCAAGUCAUGGUUAAAAGAAAAGCUUGGCAAAUCGAAGACGACACCAAUCGAUGUUUCUAUCCAAGUACAUCAACAGCUCAUUGUUUAA